AUGGCCACCUACGAGACCGCCGAGAACAAAUUCGUCACCAUCCACGGCAUCAAGCACGCCUACCGCCAGUUCGGGCAGACCAGCGGCACCACGCUCUUCCUUCACGUGCACUUCCGCGGCAACAUGGACUGGUGGGACCCGAUCUUCAUCAACCGGCUCGCGGCCAAGCGACCCAUCCUGCUAGUCGACAACACGGGCGUGGGCCGCAGCGAGGGCGAGGUCGGGCUCACGUUUGCGGCGUGGGCUCAGACCAUCAUAGACGUGGCCAAGGCGCUCAACAUCACCAAACUGGACGUCCUGGGCUUCUCGAUGGGCGGCUUCGUGGCGCAGCGCAUCGCCCUCCAGGAACCCGGCCUAGUUCGCCGUCUGAUCGUGGCCGGCGCGGGGCCCUCGGCCGGUGAGGGCGUCGUGGGCGGCGACCCGAAGUACUUCACCGAGGUGGCCAGCGCGGCGACGGCGGAGGACGCGAACCUGGGGCUGAUGCACACGUUCUUCUCGCCGUCGGCCAAGAAGCAGGCCCGGGCGGCGGAGUGGAUCAAGCGCAUGGAAGGGGCCCGCAAGGACCGCGCGCCGCUGCUGCACGAGGAGGGCACGGGCCGACAGAUCCAGGCCGUGCAGCGCUGGUUCUCGGGCGACUUCCGCGAGGAAGGGGCGUACGACCAGCUGGACCGCAUCACAGUGCCGACCCUCGUCGCCAACGGCUCCAAGGACCUGCUCGUCCCCACCGAGAACAGCAUCGUGCUCUGGCGCCGCCUGACCAACUGCGAAGCCAGCCUGCACCUGUACCCUGACUCCGGCCACGGCUUCCUCGACGAGUACAACGUGCACUUUUCCCAGCUGGUCAAUGACUUCUUGGAUGAAGAGUGA